AGAGUGUUUUUACCAUACAAAUACAUGCUGGGGAAAGAAGUUCACUACAUUCUGCAACAAAAAGAUCCCUGUAACAGACAAAACUCCGACCGCCACCACGUGGCUGAUCACCUCCUCUUCUUUCUCCUUCAAAAGUAUUUUUAUAAACACGAUAACGUAACCCUCCAUAAAUACUGCACUUCAUUCUCCCUUGCUAACUUCCUCCCUUUAUAUAAGCAUACAAAUCCUCUCCCUCUCUUGUUUUUUCUUCUUCUUCUUCGGGAUAUUACUGUUUUCAUGGCGAAGAGUAUUUUGGUUACCGGCGGUGCCGGUUACAUAGGGAGCCAUACGGUGCUGCAGCUUUUACUUGGCGGUUACAGCAUCGUGGUUGUUGAUAAUCUCGACAACUCCUCUGAUAUUGCUCUUAAAAGAGUUAAAGAACUCGCCGGUGAUUUCGCUAAGAACCUCGUCUUUCACCAGGUUGAUCUCCGGGAUAAGCCAGCACUGGAAAAAAUUUUUGCCAGGACAAAAUUUGAUGCUGUCAUUCACUUUGCUGGGCUGAAAGCGGAUGGUGAGAGUGUGCAGAAACCAUUGCUUUACUUUAACAACAAUCUCAUUGGAACAAUUACCCUGCUAGAAGUUAUGACUUCCCAUGCAUGCAAGCAGUUGGUGUUUUCAUCUUCAGCUACUGUUUAUGGUUGCCCAAAGGAGGUUCCAUGUACAGAAGAGUUUCCUUUGUCUGCUGCCAGCCCAUACGGAAGAACCAAGCUCUUCAUUGAAGGGAUCUGCUGUGAUAUCUACCGUUCAGACUCUGAAUGGAAGAUCAUUUUACUUAGAUACUUCAAUCCAGUUGGUGCACAUCCAAGUGGUUAUAUUGGUGAGGAUCCACGUGGAAUUCCAAACAAUCUCAUGCCCUAUGUGCAGCAAAUUGCUGUUGGCAGGCGGCCUCAUCUAACCGUUUAUGGAACUGAUUAUUCAACUAAAGACGGUACUGGGGUACGUGAUUACAUUCAUGUUGUUGAUUUAGCGGAUGGGCACAUUGCUGCAUUGCAUAAGCUCUCUGAUGCUAAUAUAGGUUGUGAAGUGUACAACUUGGGAACAGGAAAAGGUACAUCUGUUCUGGAGAUGGUUGCGGCAUUUGAGAAGGCAUCUAGAAAGGAAAUUCCCCUUGUAAUGGCCCCACGGCGACCUGGUGACGCUGAAAUUGUGUAUGCAGCUACAGAGAAGGCAGAACGUGAAUUAAAUUGGAAGGUAAAAUAUGGUAUUGAUGAGAUGUGUAGGGAUCAAUGGAACUGGGCCUGCAAGAACCCUUAUGGCUAUGGAUCUUCUGACAGCACUAACUAAAGUUCAUAUCCGUAUCUAUCACAGACUAAAUACUGUCUCGUGUACUGUAAUGUCUUCCAAAGUAUUAGGUUCUCGAAGUUUCACUCGGGAGUUUUUAUUUGAUAAACUUGCUGAAGAUAUCAUCCUAGAAUGAGCUGCCAUGCCGUGCUGGGUUGCUUCUGUUUAGAUGGUUCAAUUUGUUGUCCCUAUUGUGGAAUAGAGACAUUUUUUUUAAGAUAACAUAUCGAUAUUCACUCUUUAACGAAGAACCCUUUUCUAAUCUGGUGUCCCUUGUUCUCUGUUUCAUUUUCGUGUUUCUGGAGGCAACAAUCUGUAGUCAUACCAUCGAUAACAUUAAAUUUGCUUCAGGAUGGUAAAUCACAGAAAACCACGAAGUCUG